UAUUCGAUUCGGUUUCGGGUAGGAACCAUUCGGUUCCGGGUAUAUCGGAUAAAUUAUUCUUAUACCCAAUGGGUACUUAGGAAAUUUCGGUUUGGUUUCGGUUCGGUUUCGGUCGGUUUCGGUUCAGUUUCGGGUACCCAUUUAAUAAAUGAAUCAAAUAUAUAUAUACAAAAUAUAUGAGUUCAUAUGUUAAUCUAAGUGGUCUAGUGGUUACACACUUGCAUAUUUGUCAAUCCAACUAGAGUUCGAAUCAAUAAAGUGCUAGUUUUAUAAGUAUUUAUUGAAUUUUAAUAUAAAAAUACCAUAUAUAUAUAAUAUAUCUUCUUUAUAUAUAAAGUACUGUUUGCUCUCUCCUAGGUGCGCCACGUCAGCAUCCAUCUAGGAAAGUCGAGCUCUGGCGUUGCGACACCUGUCCACUUAAACUAUACGCUGCGUUUGAUUCAUUUUUGCUCCUUUCGUUUUCGUUUGAUUCUAUGGGCUUCCCGUAUUAAAUAUUUGGGCUUAGACGUGGACUAUUAAAAAAACCAUAGCUUUCGUCGCAUCUACUUUCUUCCAAACGACGACCAUCGACUUCUUAGGGUUCAUGUGUUCUUCGAGAUAAUCGACAAUGGAGUUUCGGGAGAGUUAUCUGAGACGAAUCUUCAUGAGAAUCUCUGGAUCGAGAUGUGUUCGUGUCCUUUCGUCUGAGUUUCUUCUCCCCAUAACCGUUACGGCCAGAUGCAUUGAUUGAUUGGCAUUAACGACCUUAAAUCCUUCGACCUACUCCAAGAAAGAUUCCUCAUUCAAUGCAUCUCUCCUCUCUUCUCAACCUAAACAGGCUAUAUAAUGUAUGUGGAAUGCAUGGGUAUCAAUCUCGGAGAUAGACCAUUUUAUCACUCUGAAACGAACCAGGUUGCUCUUGCAGAGGCAGAAACUGAAAGUAGCUUCCAUCUUGAAGGAGCAGAUGGGUUACCUAGAAGAAUGGUCUCUUAUGGAUAGAGAUCAUUCAGUUUCUUUGUUAGGAGCAAUUGAAGCCUUGAAAGCCAGCACGCUUCAUUUUCCAGUUAUUGAAAAAGCUGUGGUUGAUAUUCUAGAUCUCAAGCAUAUUGUUAGUUUGGCUGUUGUGCACGGUAUGGCGUCUUCCAUAUUCUCGCUGAUAUCAAAGGUAGAUGAAAUGAAUUCAGUAAUGGCGGAAAUGAUGCAUAUCACUGCACAAGAAACAGUCUUGCUCAAACAAUGUGAAAGAUUCUUAUCAGUAGCAGCAGCUAUGUAUGUUAAAAUAGUUGCAGAUUGACCGACUGGAAGAAGAAUAGGUUAAGGACUGUAGCAUGAAGACACACAUAAUACAACUAUGCCGGAAACUGACUUCACAACUGUAGAAACUGAUGGGUUUUCCAUGACUUGAUUUCCAAAGUUUUGUUUCAAGUUUUCAAUUUCAAUAAUUAAUACCAUUUAGAACAA